GGUGGAAUCUGCCGAAACAUAAUAUUGUUUUGACUAUCGCGUCCCUUCUUUUACACGGCCAGGGCCUCGCACAAAUAUAAUAUACACACAUAAAAUAUCAAUCCUUUUGUGUAAUUCUUCAGAGUUCAGUACACUGUUCGGUAGCUGUUGUGUACACCAGCCGUAGCGUUGGUUUGAUAUGUCAUUUUUUUUUUUACCGGCGAACGACUGCCAUUAUAUUUACUGUUCAAUUAUUACUCAUUAAUCACAUUAAAUCUACAUAUUAUUAUUAUUAUCGUCGAUAAAACAUCAAACACAACGACACAAUGGGCGAUCGGCAGUUUGUACUCUCACCUGACAGAUAUUCGUGGAUAAAAAACGACCAACGAGGUGUUCAACUUCAGCAACAUUCGACUAGGAAUUCGUUCAGUCCCACAGCUUUUCCUCUGUCCUACGAGACGAGACGGGUUAGCGAGAUCAACAAGAUAUUGAUUAAAUGGGACAUAUGUUUGACUGACGACCAAGAUGAUCUAUGUGAACGCUUCCUGCAGAUGAACGAGGAACCGGCUGUAGCUGAAAAAUUCGGUCCGGCCGUUUUGACCGUGUCGGAGAACAUAAGAAAACAGGCAGACGACUUAUUCAAACCUUCAGAAAUCAACGCAAACGAUCUAUUCAAUUUGGCAGACACCAAAGUAUCGUGGAUCAUUCAAAACGGGUAUCAACAAUAUUUGGAGUCUAUCCCGGCCAACGUAUUGGAAAAGAACGAACGCGAAGUGUUGUUUCCGUGGACACAAUGGAAUACGUCGACCGGAACGCAUCACCGUCCGUCACCGUCGGUAAACGCGUCACCGGUGUCCGUCGACCAGUUUUUGUUCCAGUCGACGCCGUCACCGCCACAACAGUAUGGCAGAAGCGUGUUCUCGACGUCUUUACCGGCAACGCGGUUACAGUUUUCGCCGUACAGUUGCGGCAGCGGACAGGCCAGCAACAACCUGACUGUGCUGUCGUCCAACGAUUCGAUGGCGGCGGACGCGUCGUUGUCUUCGACCAACAACAGCAUCGGCGACCUCAUGCCGCUCGCUUGUUCCACGUCGUCGUCGUCCUCUUCUUCGUCGCUGUUUUCGUUCCAGAACAGCAGUGGCGGCGGCGGCGGCCUGUCGUAUUCCGGCGAAAACCGCAUGCUGUUCAACGCUUCGGUGCCGCCGCCCAACAUGGAAUCUUGCAGCAAUACGCCACCGCCGUAUUUGUCGCAGACGCUGACGUCGUCCAGAUCGGCCGAUUACUCGCCGGCGUCCAAUUCGCCGCGCUGGACGUCCCGGCUCUAUUACUACCGGGUGAACAGCGACAGCAUGGUCAACAAGCUGGUCGAGCACUACUGCACUUUCUGCUACAAGAACCACGAACCGCCCGAGGUGUACGGCAGCCACCUGGUGCGGGACGCCACACGUACCACUUGUCCCAAACUCCGGGCGCUCCGGUGUAAGCACUGCAACGGUACCGGCGACAACGCGCACACCCUCAAGUACUGUCCGUUUUACUACGCCAACUAUAGUUAACUGUUAUCAGUGAAAACGCA